AUGAUGGAAGAUCGAUUUGUAACACGACCAUUUGCUAAUAAAAUUGAUUCUCGUCUUCAAGCAGUCAUUACAUCACCAUACAUACAACCUCAACUUCAUUAUGCAAAAUUGAUAAAUCGUCGUGGUCAGGUUGCUUCGAGUUAUGAUUAUUUGCGUAGUCUGCCUUCUCAGAAGCGUCGACGACAAGAAGCAGUAACACCGGAAACUAUUUUACGUGCUUUCAAAAAUGAUCAAAAUAAUCGACUCAAUCAUUAUCAUCAAGUUGAGAUUGCUUCACGUCGUGCUACUUAUAAUAGUUUUGAGAUUCUCGGUAGACGACAUAGAAAACAAGCACACGAAAAUGAAAAAUCUUGUGAAAAAAGUAUUCCCGUUUAUUCAUCGAAAGUAGAAAAUAAUGGUGAACGACAAUCCCGAGUAACUUCUGCACGUAGUAGAAAAUUAGAAGAUAACAAAGAUUUAACUGAACCUGAACAAAAACAAAAUCAUAUUGAGCGAUUCGAUAAAGUCGAUGUACGUUCUUCUUCAGAACCCCAUACAUGCGAAAUAACAAUGUCGUAUGGAACACGGAGUAUUGUUAAUUCUGCAAAACCUGCUCGUAAUGAAAUUAUUGUCUUGCAACAGCUUAGUACUGGCAAAAAUUUAGUUAUUUAUAGAGGUUUUUUAACUGAAGGCGAAUCCUUCUCAUUUAAAUCUCAACGACGACCCACAUCAGCUUUCGCAUUGGCUUUCUAUUGCAAAGGAUUUAUUGAUAGUAUAGUAAAUGAUUGUUGUGAAUUUGGAUAUUGUAGAAGAAAUCAACAUAUUAAUGAAUACAGUCAAUUCUCAGUUGUGCGAGUUCAAAAUGCCAUUCCAUGUGAGAAAUGUCGUAAAAAAUAUGCUCAGAAAACACUAUCAUCGAAUAAUAGACAAAAUUCACAGUCCCAUCAUAAAGAAAAUCGACGUUAUUUAACACCAACACCAAACUCUUCAGUUAAAGAAAAGAAAAGUGAACUACCUGAAGGAUAUAAACAAAGAACUACAGACAAAUCAGAAGUAGUUGGCUUCAGUCUCUUAGAAUUAGCAUUGGUACAUGAAGAAGAACCAUCUACACAAAGGAUGCAAACAAAUUCCGUCUGCUCAUCGCUUGUUCCAGAAAACACAGCUAGACAUAGCACUGAUUUUCUUGAAGAGAAAAUAUCACCAACACCAUCACAACAGCAUCGAGUGAUUCAAGAAUGGGUGGAUCAAAUAGAAGCUGAUCCAUUGGAUAUUCCUAGAUCGACUUAUAGUCCUAGUAUCACAAAUACAGAGAAUACCUGUCAGAUGUAUUCACCUAGUUCAUCACAACAAUUACAAAUACACACACAUCCAAUUCAAUCAAUCAAUGUAAUGCGUCAUGAAAAAAACGUAGAAAGUUUUAUUUAUAUUCUUGAUGGUACUUUACAAAUCUCUGAUGAUGAUUUAACAAAACUACGUGGUGUUAUAAAUUUUGGAUUAACGUUUAAUAAUAUUAAUGACAAAACAUGUAUCGAAUAUGUUAGUCAAGUUAUCGAUGAACAAAUCAUUAUGAUUUUAUCCCGAACAAGUGUAAAAAAUCUC